AUGAGGGGUCUGACGACGGGCCUGAAGCAGCCGUCGGGGAAGGGCCAGCGCCUCAUCGUCACGCACAUCGGCAGCGAGGACGGCUUCGUCGCUGGGUGCCUGGACGUCUUCCGCGGAGUAAAGACCGGCGACUACCACGAGGAGAUGAACGGCGCACAAUUUGAGACGUGGUUCGAAGCUGUUCUUCAGAUGCUGCUGACAGGGAGCGUCAUCGUAAUGGACAAUGCUUCCUACCAUUCUCGGUGGUUGGAAGCAGUGCCAACGACGGGUUCCCGGAAGGAGGUGAUCCAGCAGUGGCUCACGUCAAAGGACAUCUCGUGGGAUGCCAAGAUGCAGAAGAAGCAGCUCCUUGACAUCGUGGCGUCGGUCAAGCCACUGUAUUUGAAGUAUCGCGUCGAUACUGCUGCAGAGAAGGCUGGUUGUACGGUAGUGAGACUUCCACCCUACCACUGUGAGCUCAACCCCUUUGAACUCAUCUGGGCAUGCACAGAUCAAGAACGGCGUUGCAGCCAGGAACACAACGUACAAGAUCAGCGACGUUGA